CAUUAAUUGGCUGGGCGGUUCGAACGCGGUCGAUUUCUUUGGUCACGUCCAAGCUGAAUUUACUAAAACCCUCAAGGUAACUUUGCAGCCGGCAAAAUUACUAUUCACAACAUUAUAUCAAUUUCCGCGACUACUUGCCUACACGAUAUCAUUUUUUCCUGAUUUGGACUCUACCCAAUCGACCAGCUUGAGGCCGCUAGGUCUGCAGGCCAACUAAACCAUUCAAGAUGCCCAAGUUCUUUUGCGAUUACUGCGAUGUCUACCUCACGCACGACUCCAUGAGCGUGCGAAAGGCGCACAACAGCGGCCGAAACCACUUGCGAAACGUCAUAGAAUACUACCAACAAAUUGGCCACGAGAAGGCCCAAUCCGUCAUUGACUCCAUCACCUCAUCCUACGCCGCCGAAGGCCAGGCCCACGCCAACCCGAUGUUGCCACACAACCAGCCCGGUGGCUCUGGCUUCCCUCCGCCAUUUGGCUUCCCCGGAGGCGUUCCACCUCCGUUCCCAGGCAUGCCGGGCGCGCCGCCCGGUGGUUUCCCCGCAGGAAUGCCUCCACCGCCAGGAGGCGCCCGCGGUAUGCCCAACAUGCCGCCCUUCCCGCCCCCGAUCCCCGGCGGCCCGAACCCCAGCGGCCUCCCCGUCCCGCCACCAGGCGCUCUGCCUCCCGGAAUGCCACCUUUCCCAGGGAUGCCGUUCCCGCCUCCCGGCCCCGCCGGUCCAGGAGGUGUCCCUCCCCCGAUGAUGCCGCCAAACUUCCCUGCAGGAUUCCCCGGCAUGCCUCCGCCGGGUCCAGGCGGGCCCGGACUGCCGCCGCCGCCGUUCAUGCCCCCCGGCGGCAUGCCACCCCCUGGCGCGAUGGGUGGUCCGGACAGCAAACGCUAACCUCGCCAUCGACCCGCGGUCGCGAGCUCCAGUUGCGACGGUUCUUCCAGCCUUUCAGAGAAGAAGGUCUGGAUGUUAGCCUGCACGCCCUUGGCCUGCGUUUAAAGAGAUGCGCGUCUUUUUCUCACAUAGCCAUAUAUCACUUUCAGAGGAGUUAUAGGCGUCAACGGAAUAUUGUUUGUUUUACGACUUUAGGCUUCGUUAAUGGGAGUGAGCCAUGUACUGUAGCCCAUGUGUUGGAACCCUAGGGCAGCGGAUUUGAAAGAAAGAAAAAAAAAGUUGAUUUUCUAAUUUCACGAGCACGUCUUCCUUGCCUGUCAUGUUGCGCGAUGGAAUUCCAAGAGCCCUCUUCUGCGAAAAAGUCGUAGGUUUACUUCUGCUGUGGCACACUGUAGCUCACCCACGGAACGUAACCCAAGACACCCAAGAGGCACAUUGGAGCAGACAGAGAACGAAGUUGUAAUCGUGAUAAUUCGUAGCAGUCAUAAAACGCGGAGCUAAUCUAAAAGCCUGAGUAUAUAGCCAGCCAUAGCCAAAAACGAAUAACGCCG